CGCCUCCACCCCAACACCAGCCCAGCCCCACAUCACCAUGUGCCACACCAGCUGCUCCUCAGGCUGCCAGGCUGCCUGCUGCUCGCCCAGCCCCUGUCAGGCAUCCUGCUGUGUGCCCGUGAGCUGCAAACCUGCCGUGUGCACACCUGUGAGCUGCCAGUCAGCCGUGUGCACACCCGUGAGCUGCCAGCCUUCUGUGUGCACACGUGUGAGCUGCCAGUCAGCUGUAUGCACACCUGUGAGCUGCCAGCCCGCUGUGUGCACACCUGUGAGCUGCCAAUCUGUGUGUGUGACCCCCUCCUGCCAGUCCUUCGUGCGUGUGCCUGUGAGCUGCCAGGCCUCCACGUGUGGGGUCCCCUCCUGGCAGUCCUUCGUGCGUGUGCCUGUGAGCUGCAAGCCUGCUGUGCUUGUGGCCCCCUCCUGCCAGUCCUCCGGGUGCUGCCAGCCGUCCUGCCCCACCCUGGUCUGCAGACCCACCUCCUGCAGCUCCCCUUGCUGCUAUUGACCACGAGUCCCUUCUCAGCUGCAUCAGUGCAGACGGGUCCUCACCUGUACCCCUCCCAGAACGAGUCCUCUGUGGGCCUCCAGCUUCUGCAUGUGGCAGAUGAAAUGCAUGCUCACCGACCCCUCUGAACUCUGGGGUGAGAAUGUGGCCGGAUGACCUGGAUCCCUCCGUGACCCUCCCUAUGCCCUCAGGGAAUUCCUGAUUCCCAGAGUCCUUCUCUGUUCCCAGUAGGAAGCAAAACUCCACGUGAGCCAAAUAAAUCGUGCUCUCCUGACGCAGCUCGUCUGUGCA